AUGGCCCCACCGGCCACCGCCAAAUAUGUUUGGAUUCUCGCAAUCACAACGAUUGCCUUCGUCUUCUCGGCUUUCGGAAAUGGCGCAAACGAUGUUGCCAAUGCAUACGCCACUUCGGUUGCCGCAAGAACCUUGACUAUGCCACAAGUCGGUAUUCUUUCCAUGUUAACAGAAUUUGCCGGCGCUGUCGGUAUGGGAUCUCGAGUCACUUCCACCAUCAAAAACGGUAUCAUCAAUGUCGACCGAUUCAAUGGCAACCCAGGAACUCUCAUGCUUGCCAUGGGAUGCGCUGAAGUCGCUAGCGCAUCUUGGUUGAUGUUCGCCACCGGUAUUGGAUUCCCCGUCUCGACUACACAGACUAUUGUCGGCGCAUUGGUUGGUGUCGGUUUCGCUACUGAGGCCAAUAUCAAAUGGGGCUGGGAAAAGGGCAGUGUUUCACAGAUCGCCGCUUCUUGGGGAGUUGCUCCUGCAAUUGCCUGUGCAUUUUCUGCCAUUAUCUUCGGAUUGGUCAAGUACACUGUCCUCGAGCGCAAGGAUUCGUUCAAGUGGGCUAUGCGCCUCAUUCCAUUCUUCCUUGGUGGAACAGGUGCUAUCCUUACUUUGUUCAUUAUUGCUGAAGCUCCUUCUCUCGGAUCUUUCGAGGAGUUCGGUGCGGGUCAGACUAUCGGUGUCGUCUUGGGUGUCUUUGCCGGUUUGGUUUUGAUCGGAUUCGUUUUUUUCAUUCCAUACUUCGAACGUCGUCUCAUCCAUAAGGAUGCCCGUGUUAAGUUUUGGCACAUUCCUCUCGGACCCCUUCUUCGUCGGGAAAACCCUCCACUCUACUUCCCCGGAAAGGCAGACGGAGAAUACGUCACCGAUUACUACGCCGACCCAUAUGCGGCCUCUGACAGCUCCAAAGACGAACCUACCGCUACUUCUACCGGAGCCGAUAUGAAAAUCCAACCCGUGACUGGUGAUACCACUCCAACCGAAGCUGACGAAAAGAAUCUCGAAGGCCAAGUUGUCCGUCGUCGAGCCAAGCCAAUUCCCGGUCCACACGAGAGAUUCUUGCACCCAGUCGCCCACCUUCCUCUCAGCCAUCCAUCGAGAAUCUGGGGAUACGUAAAAUUCGGAUUCCUCCAAGGUGUCACCCGUGAUUGCGUUACCCACGACUCUGAGCAUCUUCGUGAAGUCCAUGCCCGCGCCCACCAAUACGACUCCCGUGUCGAGCAUCUCUGGACCUACUGCCAAGUUGCCUCCGCCAUGAUGAUGUCUAUCGCUCACGGUUCUAACGAUGUGGCUAACGCUGUUGGUCCUUGGGCUGCAGUCUACCAAACUUACAAAGAGGGUGCCGUUGCCACAACUUCCCCAACUCCAAUCUGGUUCUUAGUCGUUGCCGGUUUCCUCCUCGGUGCUGGUUUCUGGUUCUACGGUUAUAACAUUAUCCGUGCUCUUGGUAACAAGAUCACCCAGAUGUCUCCUACAAGAGGUUUCUCUACUGAGUUGGGAGCUGCUAUUACUGUCCUGUUGGCAUCGCAGCUCGGAUUGCCAAUUUCUACUACCCAGACGUUGGCCGGUGCUACUUUGGGUGUGGCGCUUAUGAAUUAUGAUGUUGGUGCUGUUAACUGGAGACAGCUCGGAUGGAUCUUUUUGGGAUGGGUUCUUACACUUCCUGCCGCUGGUCUGUUCGCAGGUCUUAUGUGUGCUAUGGCUCUUAACGCUCCACGUUUUUGA